AUGGCUGCGUCCAUUCUUAAAAUUAAAAGCUAUACAUUUUCCGCGAUACGAUGAAUACCGCCAUUACCGCCAUUUUAAUUUUUAUUGUUACGGUAGCAUUAGAUGCCGUGCCGGCGCCGCCAACAAGGAGUCAGUGUAUGGUUUUUGGACCACUGACGCUGCCAAACGGGAAAAAGACCAGCGGUUACCGCAAUCUUGGUGGAUGUGUAUGCAAAGAGGCACAUGAUCAGGAACUGAGCCAGCCAGCGAUGGAUAAAUAUAUCCCGGCGUGCGAAAAAGAUGGAACUUGGACUAAACGCCAAACGCAGUUUCUCACUGCAUGGUGCGUCGACAGACAGGGAAACCAGAUCAGUGAGGAAAACCACGAGCAACCAUCGAAACUACAGUGCAAAUAAAUUUUUUACCCUUAGUAAGCUUUUAACCGAAAAAGAUAAUAAAAUGCACUAGCGCCUAAAAUACAUUUGCGUGUACUCGGGAAAUAAACUAUC